UAAAUAUACAGUAAUACAGUAGACAAGAGAAUGCAACUGCUGUUCCUUUAACAUCAGAACUGUGCACGUUACAAUAGGUGUCACUGUUUUGCUUGGUCCAAUCAUGAUUGGUGACUUCAGCUAUUGGCUCCGAGCACAGGCUGUCUGACUCCAUCUGCAGGGCUGUAAUACCUACUCUCCCCGAUCCAUUCACCACACAACUUCAGCCGGCUGAACAGACUCUCGCAGCUCCAGCACAUCUUGCUAACCUAAUUCAGAAAACAAGUGCUACGGCUCUCUGCCUGUCAUCUUUGCUCAGUGUAGCGUUUUCGGCUUAUCUAGGAAACUGGGUUAUUUUUAUGAGCAAAUAAGAGAAACAGGAAUCAUGAUGGGGAUGUAUUUAACAGACCCAGUCCUGGAUAAAACUUAAAGCCAGUUUCUAUUCAACAUAGUGAAAAGGUCACCUUGCCUGACUGAGGAAAGAAGCAAAAUAUCAGCUUGCUGGUUUCUGUUAACACCUUUAGCUUGCGCUAACCUCUCUUGCUUGAUGUUCGUACCAAUUUGGGAUAUCUGGUUAUAAAGAAAGACAUACUGUACUCAUGGUAGAUGACAAGGAAAAGAACAUGAAAUGUCUCACCUUCUUCUUGAUGCUUCCAGAGACGGUAAAGAACAGGUCUAAGAAAAACUCGAAAAAAACAAGCAGCAGCAGCAACAACAGCAGCAGCAGCAGCAGCAGCAGCAGCAGCAGCAGCAGCAGCAGCAGCAGCAGCAGCAGCAGCAGCAACAGCAGCAGCAACAGCAGCAGCAGCAGCAGCAGCAGCAGCAAGUUGCCCCCAGUUUGUUAUGAAAUAAUUACCUUGAAGACUAAAAAGAAGAAGAAGAUGGCUGCUGAUAUUUUCCCCCGUAAAAAACCAGCCAACUCCAGCAGCACCACUGUCCAGCAGUACCACCAGCAGAACCUGAGUAACAACAACCUUAUUCCAGCUCCUAACUGGCAGGGUCUUUACCCCACCAUUAGAGAAAGAAAUGCGGUGAUGUUCAAUAAUGAUUUGAUGGCAGAUGUACACUUUGUGGUUGGGCCACCAGGUGGGACUCAGCGGUUGCCAGGACACAAAUAUGUUUUAGCUGUUGGGAGCUCUGUGUUCCAUGCAAUGUUUUACGGAGAACUUGCUGAGGACAAAGAUGAAAUUCGUAUACCAGAUGUCGAACCUGCUGCUUUUCUUGCUAUGCUGAAAUACAUCUAUUGUGAUGAAAUUGACUUGGCUGCUGACACAGUGCUGGCCACUCUUUAUGCUGCCAAAAAGUACAUUGUUCCUCACCUCGCCAGAGCCUGCGUUAAUUUCCUGGAGACCAGCCUGAGCGCCAAGAACGCCUGUGUGCUCCUCUCUCAGAGCUGCCUGUUUGAGGAGCCUGACCUGACGCAGCGGUGCUGGGAGGUGAUAGAUGCUCAGGCUGAGUUAGCACUCAAGUCUGAGGGAUUCUGCGAUAUCGACUUCCAGACACUGGAAAGUAUCCUCCGCAGGGAAACUCUGAAUGCCAAAGAAAUUGUGGUUUUUGAGGCAGCUCUCAACUGGGCUGAAGUAGAAUGCCAGCGACAAGACCUCGCUUUGAGCAUUGAAAAUAAACGCAAGGUCCUUGGAAAGGCACUUUACCUGAUCCGCAUACCCACUAUGGCCCUGGAUGAUUUUGCAAAUGGUGCUGCACAGUCUGGAGUUUUAACUCUCAAUGAGACCAAUGACAUCUUCCUCUGGUACACUGCUGCCAAAAAGCCUGAGUUGCAGUUUGUGAGCAAAGCUCGAAAGGGCCUUGUCCCGCAGCGCUGUCACCGGUUCCAGUCCUGUGCCUAUAGAAGCAACCAAUGGCGCUAUCGAGGCCGCUGUGAUAGCAUUCAGUUUGCAGUUGACAAGAGAGUGUUCAUUGCCGGCUUUGGGCUGUAUGGCUCCAGCUGCGGCUCUGCAGAGUACAGCGCCAAGAUUGAACUCAAGCGGCAGGGUGUUGUCCUGGGGCAGAACUUGAGCAAAUACUUCUCAGAUGGCUCCAGCAGUACCUUCCCUGUGUGGUUUGAGUACCCGGUGCAGAUUGAGCCAGACACCUUCUACACAGCCAGCGUGAUACUGGAUGGCAAUGAACUCAGUUAUUUCGGACAAGAAGGCAUGACGGAAGUUCAGUGUGGCAAAGUGACUGUCCAAUUUCAGUGCUCCUCGGAUAGCACCAAUGGCACCGGGGUGCAGGGGGGCCAGAUCCCUGAACUUAUAUUUUAUGCUUGAAAAUAGUGUGAGCUCUGGGGUGUUACCUCUGGUUCCUACUUGCUUGAUGCUUAGCUCAUCUGCAGAUAUGUGAUCAGUGCAGGUAAUUUGUAAUGAUUAAAGCUGUAGGCAGUUUCUAACUUCUCUGAACCUUUUAAUUAUGUACAGGCAAAAAUGCAGCAUUCAGCUUUUAACUAUAUGCUUAAAAGAGCCAAGUUCUUAUUAGGCUUUGUGGUUUUUAGAGUUGCGUCUGUGUACCUGGGGAGAUUUGUGUUCUUUUCUAACCCUACUGACCUCCCAGUUGUGUCCCUCUUAAGAGAGCUUUUGGAUCACCUCAAAUUUCCAUUACUGCUUCAUUUCAACAAACCAAAAUAGUCCAAAAUAAUAAUGGCAAGUUAUUUUUAAAUGGGAUUCCUUUACCUCCCUCCACCCCAAAAAACAGUUAAACCUCAGUGUACCUUUUUUUUUUUUUUUUAAAGACAAAUGUUACUCUUUUUUUUUUUUUUUUAAAGGAUUUAUUUAUUUAUUAUACCAGCACUGGGGUACAGGCCAGAGGUGCAGGAGUGUGAGAGGAGUCACCAGAGACAGAACAGGGAGCAGAACAGGCAGAAGGACCGAAGUACACUGCUGAGGGGAGCAGUGGGCGGCAGGAGAGGUCUGCCUCGCCAUGUGAGAAUCUCCCUGGCCUGCCGGGAAUCGAACCGGCGCUGCAGAGACUGAGGACAGCUUCACAGCACUGCGCCACCAGGGAGGCCCCUCAGUGUACAAUUUUGAAAGAAGUUUUGCUUUGUAAUAAGUAACAAUUUAGAAAGACAGUAGUCAUGUUUAGCUCUUUUUCUUUUAAAUAUUUUAUUUCAAGCAUUGCUUUUUCUUAAAUGCUAAAUUCAUAAGACUGUGAUAUUUUAGGCACUGAAGAGUGUCAGUAUAAAAUUGGAAGAUAAGAAAAAUGAAUAUUAAGGCCAUGACUUCUGCUCUAAGCAGUUUCAUUACCUUUUAGUUUAGAAAAUGAAAUAUAUGCAGUACAGGCAUUUCUUUUAGAAAUAACUAAACUCUAUUGUUAAAAAAAUUGCAGGCCUAUUAAUUUAAAAUAAUUUUUAAAGGAAAACUAAAGAAUUCCAAACUAUAAUACUUUAAUUAAUAGAAUAUUAGAGUACACAGUUUGAAAAAGUUAAACUCUUUUCUCCCCACUUGCUUGUAAUCCUUACCAUUUGCUUAUUUUUAUAAGUUGUAUUGUAUAGAAUUUUAUCCCCUUUCCCAUUAAAAGAGGACCAAACAAUUCCUUAGAUGAAUGGAAUAACAAUUAGUUUUGUAGCACUAAAUGUUAAUAUGAUACUUAUAGUCAUUGUUUUUUUUUUAAUCUGAAAUAUACUUUACCUGAUCUACUUUGACCACAUACUAGCUUCUUAUAAUUCUGUCCUAUUCCUGGACUGCUAGAAUCUGGCCUUUGUCCAUCUUAAAGUGCCAAUAUAUGCCUGCAGGGUUUAAAAAAAAUUGGUCUGCAGUGUCACCCCUUGGUUAUACCUAAUAUUUACUACAUCACCAUCACAUCCAGCUCUCAUGUCCAUGCAUAAUGGAAACAAAGGAGGGAAACACUUAUCCAAAAAAUUCUCCUUCAGUGAUGGCUUGUGAUAGUUCAGUGCCGUGGCCCUGGUGGUGUCCAGUGCAUUCACUUCCAGUUGAAGUAUCCAUGUGUUUCUGGGCAGCUUCUCUGCUCAGUGUGCUCCUGAGUUGGCUUCCCCUGCCACCCAGAGUGUGGUCCCUGGCCAUCUCCUUCUCCUGCUCAGCGAGCCCAAUGCUGGCUUGUCUCGAGGCAGGGGUUAGUCCUGGGGUGGGUGUAUGUGGGCAUCCAUGCACGUGCAAGUGCGUUUGCCAACUCAGGAAUGGUCUCCUCUCUGCUUGGCCAGUGGGAGGUGGGGCAUGAAUGGUCCCCCUGCUGGCCCCAGCAAGGCCCUAGUGUGACUGCCCUUCUCUUAUUCACUGUGCUUCUGGGCUACUUCUUCCCUGAAACGUGGGCUUUGUUGCCUUUGGCCAGCUUCCCUGAUGGAGGAGAACACUGGAUUAUAAGGAAUGUUUCAAUUACUUUGCCAUUACCUAUGUCUGUUAGCAUAGAUGAUCAAAAGCUGUUACUGGUGACGAUUAAUGAGUCCUCCCAGGACAACUUUCUGAAAUUGUCUAGCAAUUAUUUCUUAUUAGAGAGAUGACAGAUAGUAGUUUUGGCAAAGCAUCAAUUAAAUAUGGAGCAUUUUCAAUAAAAAAAAAAUACUUCAGAAAGGAUUUUGUUUUAAAAUUAAGGUUAAACAUUUCAGUAAUUCAUAGCUACCACGCAAACUGGUAGACUAGCUACCUGAUUAGAAGGCACUCAUUUUUAAGCCAGAGGAGAAGAAACCUGAUUUAACACUCAUUCCAUCAUAUCAGAUUGUUAACGUAGGGUGCGUGUGACAACCUUGAAGUCAUGAUUGUUCAUCCCAAAACACUCACCAUUAGUGCUCUGGUGGUGGCUGCCCUCCGUGUGGCUAGGGAGCAGCUGGCAGAAAGCUGCCUGACAUCCUGUGCACUGGGUGUAGGAGAACUCAAUUUUAUGUUAACUACUACUGCUUAAAAAAGCAAUACAUUCAUGUCUAGUUGGCUGGUACUGAGAGCUGUGGGUCAAAUUUGAAAAUUAUGUUUAGAAUAAGAAUUUUUCCUUUUAAGCCUUACUCUUUCUUCGGCAUUUUCAACAUGGAAUGAAAGCUAGUGUGCUUCCUUUAUUUCCUUUGGUAAUCUCAAAUUCUGUAGCUUUUAAAAUUGUUCUGACAAGGCAGGCAACUUGUGUAUAAACACAACUUUAUUAAACAGAAUACUCUGUAGAUGCUUUUCCCAAUGUAUCUGGCAGUCUUCAUUGUUGUUCUUACUGGGGAUAAAAUGGGGGCUAGGCUAGCAGUUCUAAUGUAACAUUCUUUAAGCAUACCUUAAUAUAGUAUUUAAGUAAAUGGUCUAAUUUCUACAUAAUUAUUGCACUGAACUGUCUUUUUGUUUUUUUUUUUUUUUUUAAGGUGUUUAAAUAAGCUUGGCUAAUUCAAGACACUAGCCACUUGUGCAUCAGAGUGCUUGAAUUUAAUAGCUGACAGCAUUAUUUAUGAAGGAAAAAUAUAUAAAUAUGAAGUACCUCAUGUUGAAUGUUAUUGUACUGUAUUUUUAAUGUAACAGUGCAGAUCUUGUUAGACACAUGAAUGUGUAUAAUCAUGUUAAAUGCAAAUAAAAAUAAAACUGGUUCAUAGCCUUGUUUUCCUUAGCAUUUUUGUAGGUCCCUUGAAAUAAUAAAAAAUACGUUCUGGCACUUUUGGUGCCACUACAUUUUACAGAAGCAUUUGUAAAUGGUGGUUUCCCAGAAGCAUUUGUUUUCUUAGUACUCACAUAUCUGUGAUCCCUGAAGAAGUAAAAAUUUGAGGCAAAAGCACAAGAAAACAAUAAACAUCUUAAUUAUAUUACUGAAAGCCUGACUGUUAAAUUAAUGAGAAGGAAUGAAUGGAUGAGUUUAUAUUCCGUCAUGGAAUUUGUGGUUGGCUGCUGUUCUGAUGCUAUAGUUGCUUGUAUGUCUGUGGAUCUGGCUGUACUAGGGAUGUUGCUACUCAAUCACAUGUAGCUUCAGAUAUGAUCAAUGUUACUUGUUCCUGUUGUGUUCAGUAGUGGAAGUCUAGGAAUAAAUGCAUGCCACAAGAGGAUUUUAUUUUAUUUUAAA